UCCGGGGCGGCAGGGGGCGCUGCUCUCACACUGACGCAGCUGUGCACGCGCUCAGCCGCACGUGGGACUCAGACCCGGAUCAGAACUGGACCAGGACCAAGACCAGGACCAAGACCGGGACCAAGACCGGGACCAAGACCGGGACCAGGACCAAGACCGGGACCAGGACCCGCCGUAGACCCCGAGCAGAAUUGACCCGAGACCCGAGACCACCGGGACAUGGAAGGGUCCAACAGGAAGUCCGCGGCGAUGACAGGAAGUGCUCGCAAAAUAAAAGACAACGCAGCGGAUUUUCACAAUAUCAUCGUCCGCUGGGAAAAACUGAACGACGAAGGAUUUGAAAUCUGCACAAGACUCACCGACAAGAGGACUCGGUGUGGCUCGGACUCGGUGGUCGGUGGAGACUCGGUGUUGUUCCGUUCUGUUCCUGUUGGAGGCGCUGAGGAGCUGCAGGUCGAGUGCAGCAAACUCCAGGACGUCGUGAACAAGAUGUCCAGUUUGGUUCUGAAGUUGGACCGGUUGUUGGACUCUCACUCUGGACUCUUGGAUCUGGACCAGUUCAGGACCCAAGGCCAGACCCUGCCCCUGUUCCAGACCUGGACCACAGCAGACUUUGAGUUUUGGGCGAGUUCGGUCCGGUCCUGGUUCAGGUCUGAGUUGGACCUGAAGACCCUGAUCCUCCAGGACUUGGCCCACUGCGAGAGUCCGGACAUGAUCCUGGUCUACCUGAGUCUGUGGCUCCACCAGCCCCACAUCCCGGUCCAGACCAGACUCGGACUCGAGGCACUUCUACUGGAGACCGGCCACCGGGACCUCAGAGACCGAGACCUCAGAGACCGAGACCGGGACCUCAGAGACCGAGACCUCAGAGACCGAGACCGGGACCUCAGAGACCGAGACCUCAGAGACCGAGUCCUGGUCUGGUCCCGGUUUAGUCUGAGCUGGUGA